UCGCAUGGAGCCAGAAGAAGAGAUCUACGUCAACCUGAAGGAUCUGGUCCACACAGAACCUGGAGGAGGAUCAGGUGUGGAGAACCACCAGCAGGAACCUGAAACCAGGACUCCCCUAAAAAUGUCUGCGGUUGUUCUGGCUCUGCUGAGUUUGGUCCUGCUGGUUCUGGUGGUCCGGGUCUCGGUGCUGUACGACAGAGACUUCAAUCAGCUGUCCAGGGAGCUGACCAACCAGACGGGAGAGAAGAACCAGCUGCAGAACAGGAACCAGAACCUGACAGAGGAGGUGGACCGUUUGGAGAGCCGGAUCAACAGACUGGAGAACGCCUGGAUCUGCCCUCGUGGAUGGAAGAGGUUUGGCUGCAGUUGUUACCAGUUCUCUACAUUAUACACGACUUGGCAGAGCAGCCAACAAAACUGUUUAAGAAAUCAAGCAGACCUGGUGAUCAUCAACAGUCGAGAGGAGAUGGAGUUCCUGAAUGAACUCGGAGUUAGCCUGAAGUUCUGGAUCGGUUUAAAGAACUCCAUGGGAUGGAAGUGGACCAUUGACAGAUCCCCGACACCUGACUUCUGGCAGAACGGACACCCAGUGGGGACAAACCAGAGGUACCAGUGGAAUCAGCUGAACCAGAACAGCUUUCAGGACUACUGUGGAGCCUUCAACAGCUUUAAGAAGGGUAGUUUUUACUAUCCGAUCAAAUCCUGGACUAGUGAGCUGUGCAGUACGUAUCUGCAGUCAGUGUGUGAGAAGGAAGCUGUUCCUUCUGGGCUCCUGUAGUUCAGAGGAUGAGCUCAGAUGGGAUUAUAAUCCUGCAACCAAAAACACCAAAAUAGAGCUGAUAUGAUGAAGGAUGUGUGGGACACAAGCUCGCCCCCUACUGGCUAACAUUCCUACCCUGAAACAUGAAUAAAGGGACUAAAGCGUGCCACAAACAUCAGAAGAAACAUGUUUCAAAAUGUUUUUCCCAACAACUUUUUCUGAUAAAUUCUAAUAUUUUGAUCCCAUAAAUUGUUUAAAUAUCCACUCUGAUAAAGAAGGUGUUUUAACAUGUUCUUGUAGCAUUUUCUGAUGAUGGAGGACAAGAAAAUUCAGAUUAAAAUUUUAUUUCUGAGUAUUUUGUUAUUCAAAUUGUUUUGAAUUAAGAGAAGAUGAAAAUAUAUAAUUGAAUGAAGCUUGCAGAAGUGAUGUAGGACCAGCACA